AUCCAUUCCAUUCUCAAAAUUGUUCGUUCAACAUUCCUGGCUUGGCUUCCUUCCAGCUCCCAGACUGCUUAUAAUUAUUUUUGUUGAAACUGCAAUCUUGCACAAAGCUUAGGAAGCCUUGUUGAGACUCAAGACGAUAGUCGAUUGAUUCAACCGUAUUGAAUUGCAGGGAGGGAUUUGGAAUUCGCAGAGACUGAGUACAAUUCCUCGGAAAAAUGUCCGCUCGGCUGCUCAAAAAGGUUUUAAAGGAACAGGAGGAGCUUCGACAGCACUAUUCUCAAUCCUCCACCACUGAAGACGGACAGGAUUCUGGUUCUGGGCCAUCGUCACCUACUGCUUCUUCUAUCAAUCCCUUCGACCUCCUUAUCGAUGAAGAAGAUGACUCCCAAAUUGACCCUCACCAGGACAAUGACCGGGAGGCGGUUGAGGAAAUCUCCGUGGACAGUCGCAAGCAGUUUGUGCGCAAUGGAGCUAAAAGUGCUAUUUCAACAUCAAAUAAAAAAUUGAAAAAAAAGAAAAAGAAGAAGGAGCGUGAGAGUUUUUCUUCCACAACAGAUAGAAUCCUUGACAAACCCUUGGAUGUGCUUCUCAAAUCUCUGUCUCUGGAUAUUGAUCCCUCUGCUAUAAGCAGUCCACAGGGCCCUGAGAAAGCCAAAAAUGGUGCAGAAGAAAGUGGAAAACAAUGCAUGCCUUCACUAUUAGAAGUGGAGCCUAAAUAUUUAAAUGCCGGAAAUGAACUGCGAAGAAUAUUUGGUGCUAAGGUAGUAAAAUCAUUUGAAAAAAAUAACCAGGCCAGUAGUUCUAGACAACUACGUGGGGGAAGACGUGUCAACCAUCUUUCUAGGAAGACCUAUCUUGUAAGUCCAUCAGAUCAUUGGCCUCGUUGGGAUGGUUCUCUUUCCAUGGAGUAUUUGGAGUCGAGGAAUGGAUAUCACUACUUCAGAUAUGUACACCUGCCAUCCUAUGUUGAAGCUCAGAAAGCAUUUGAAGCCGCCAGAUCUAUUCAUGACCUCAAUGGCAUUGCCAGUAUUCUGUUGUACCACCCAUAUCACUUAGACUCACUUAUAACGAUGGCAGAGUAUUUUAAAUUUGCAGGUGACCACGAAAUGUCCUCUGAUGCAGUUGCAAAGAGUUUAUAUGCCUUGGAAUGUGCAUGGCACCCCAUGUUUACUGUCUUUCAGGGUAAUUGCCAAUUGAAGAUCAGGCAUGAAACGAACAAGCCAAUGUUUACAUCACUUUUCACCCAUGUAAAAAACUUGGAUAGGCGUGGUUGUCAUCGAUCUGCCUUGGAAGUUUGCAAACUGUUACUUUCACUGGAUUCUGAUGACCCAAUGGGGGCUCUUUUCUUCAUUGAUUACCUAUCUUUGAGGGCAGAGGAAUACACAUGGCUGGAAAGGUUUGGUGAGAGCUACAAAAAUGAUACUUCUCUGUGGUUGUUCCCAAACUUCUCGUUUUCCCUUUCUAUAUGUCGAUUUUUUCUUGAGCGUGAGGAACCCUCAAAGGUUGAUAAUGUGGAUGCUACGAUGGCUAAUUCAACUGAUCUUCUGAAGCAGGCGUUAAUGCUUCACCCUUUGGUCUUAAAGAGAUUAGUGGAAAAGGUCCCACUUAAGGAGCAGUUUUGGGUGCAUAUACUCGAGCAUUCCUUCUUCCUGCCUGCUCAGACAGGAAUCCCAUCAUUGGAUCACCUCAUUAAUUUGUACGUCGAGAGGAAUUACAUUAUAUGGAGAAUCCCGUAUCUGCAGAAGUUUCUCAGAGAGACUGCGCAAUUGGUUAUUGAAGCGUUGGAAACUGAUCAAAACGAUGCAAAAGACUGGACUUGUGUGAGAAAAGAAGCAUUCUCAUCUGAGAAAAAUGAGUAUGCUCAUUUAUUGGUCUCUGAUUUCUCUGAUUCACUAUCAUCGGCCCCCCCUGAAGCAUUGCAAGAUUUUGUGGUUGAUCCAAGGAUGAGGGACGUGCAGAAUAUAAUUCAACAUGCCAAUCCUCCCGAUCACCGGCAACCUACUCAUGAAAUUGAAAAUAGGAGUGCAUUGGCUGUCCUGUUUGAAUCAAUGCUACCUUGGGUUAACUAUGGAGAUGAUGUAGGUGUUGAUGAAGGUAACCAGUUCGAUGAGCAUGAUGACCAUUGAGUUGUCAAUUCUUCUCGAGUCGCUGGUUCUCUUCAAAAUGCUUUGAGAAUGGACUUAAUGUGAUGGCAUAGAUCACGUAUUCGUCUGUUGCCUUUGUAGCAUUUGCAUCCAGUUUUGUUUACUGCUAUCUGUCGUUGGUUGCCACCCGAUAAUGAUUGGCACUGGUAGUUGUACUUGUAUGUAGGAAGUUUUUGAAUUCCCAACGCAUUCUCUGUCUUUCUCAAGCAAAGAUGAUCAAUUCCCAAAAUUGGAGGGAAAUGUUUUCUCA